UGCAGCGGGGUGCCGCGCUGUGCUUGCGCCUGUGGCUGUGCCUCCAAGUGCUCCCAGGCCUGGUCAGCAGCUAUUCCAUGACCCCUCCGACCCUGAACAUCACAGAGGAAACGUUUGUCAUCGACUCUGGGAACAGCCUGUCCAUCUCCUGCAGGGGUCAGCACCCCCUGGAGUGGGCCUGGCCGGGGGCUCAGGAGGCGCCGGCGGCGGGGGAGAAGGAGGCGGAGGAUGCGGGCGCGGUGCGGGACUGCGCGGGCACGGACGCCAGGCCCUACUGCAAGCUGCUGGAGCUGCGCGAGGCGCGCGCCAACGACACGGGCGCCUACCGGUGCUACUACAAGUACAUCAGGGCGCGCAUCGACGGCACCACUGCGGCCGGCACCUACGUCUUCGUGCGAGACGCCGAGCAGCCCUUCCUCAACAAGCCGGGCACGCUCCUGGUGGACAGGAAGGACUGGAUGUGGGUGCCCUGCCUGGUCUCGGUCCCCGGCCUCAACGUCACUCUGCGCUCGCAAAGCGCGGUGCUGCGGCCCGACGGGCAGGCGGUGCUCUGGGACGACCGGCGGGGCAUGCGCGUGCCCGUGGCGCUGCUGCGCGACGCGCUCUACCUGCAGUGCGAGACCACGCGCGGGGGCCGCGCCCUGCUCUCCAGCCCCUUCCUGGUGCACGUCACAGGCAACGAGCUCUACGACAUCCAGCUGUCCCCCAAGAGGUCGCUGGAGCUGCUCGUCGGGGAGAAGCUGGUUCUGAACUGCACCGUGUGGGCCGAGUUCAACUCGGGGGUCACCUUCGAGUGGGACUACCCGGGCAAGCAGGCCGAACGCGGCUCCUGGGUGCCCGAGCGGCGCUCGCAGCAGACGCACACCGAGCUGUCCAGCAUCCUGACGGUGCACAACGUCAGCCAGCUGGACCUGGGCCCCUACGUGUGCGAGGCCAGCAACGGCGUGCAGCGCUUCCGCGACAGCACCCAGGUCAUCGUGCACGAGAAGCCCUUCAUCAGCGUCGAGUGGCUCAAGGGCCCCGUCCUGGAGGCCACGGUGGGAGACGAGCUGGUGAAGCUGCCCGUGAAGCUGGCCGCCUACCCGGUGCCCGAGUUCCAGUGGUUCAAGGACGGCAAAGCAGUGUCGGGACGGCACAGCCCGCACGCGCUGGUGCUCAAGGAGGUGACCGAGGCCAGCGCGGGCACCUACACCCUGGCCCUGUGGAACUUGGCGGCCGGCCUGCGCCGCAACAUCAGCUUGGAGCUGGUGGUCAAUGUGCCCCCCCACAUCCACGAGAAGGAGGCCUCCUCGCCCAGCAUCUACUCCCGCCACAGCCGCCAGGCCCUCACCUGCACAGCCUACGGGGUGCCGGCCCCCCUCAGUGUCCAGUGGCACUGGCGCCCGUGGACACCCUGCAAGCUCUUCAGCCAGCGCAGCCUCGCCCGGAGACAGCGGGAUGAGAUACCCCAGUGUGAGGACUGGCGGGAAGUGACCACACAGGAUCCCGUGAACCCCAUUGAGAGCCUGGACACCUGGACCGAGUUUGUGGAGGGGAAGAAUAAGACGGUCAGCAAGCUGGUGGUGCAGGAUGCCAACGUGUCAGCCAUGUACAAGUGCCUGGUCUCCAACAAAGUGGGCCAGGAUGAGCGGCUCAUCUACUUCUACGUGACCACCAUCCCCGACGGCUUCAGCAUCGAGUCGGAGCCGGCGGACGAGGCGCUGGAGAGCCAGGCCGUGCGCCUGAGCUGCCAGGCCGACAGCUACACCUACGAGAACCUGCGCUGGUACCGCCUCAACCUGUCCACGCUGCACCAGCACGAGGACGCCGCCGCCCCACCGGGCAACCCGCCGCUGCUGGACUGCAAGAACGUGCACCUCUUCGCCACGCCGCUGGCCGCCAGCCUGGAGGAGGCGGCGCCCGGCGCGCGCCACGCCACCCUCACCCUCACCAUCCCGCACGUGGCGCCCGAGCACGAGGGCGACUACGUGUGCGAGGUGCGCGACCGGCGCAGCCACGACAAGCACUGCCACAAGAAGUACCUGUCGGUGCAGGCCCUGGAGGCCCCCCGGCUCACGCAGAACCUGACGGACCUCCUGGUCAACGUGAGCGACUCCCUGGAGAUGCGCUGCCCCGUGGCCGGAGCGCACGUGCCCAGCAUCGUGUGGUACAAGGACGAGCGGCUGCUGGAGGAGGAGUCCGGAAUCGAUCUGGCCGACUCGAACCAGAGGCUGAGCAUCCAGCGCGUGCGCGAGGAGGACGCGGGCCGCUACCUGUGCAGCGUGUGCAACCCCAAGGGCUGCGUCAACUCCUCGGCCACGCUGGCCGUCGGAGGCUCCGAGGAGAAGGGCAGCAUGGAGAUCGUGAUCCUCGUGGGCACCGGGGUCAUCGCGGUCUUCUUCUGGAUCCUCCUCCUCCUCAUCUUCUGUAACAUGCGGCGGCCGGGCCACGCGGACAUCAAGACUGGCUACCUGUCCAUCAUCAUGGACCCCGGGGAGGUGCCCUUGGAGGAGCAGUGUGAAUACCUGUCCUACGACGCCAGCCAGUGGGAGUUCCCCCGCGAGCGGCUGCACCUGGGGAGAGUCCUGGGCCACGGGGCCUUCGGGAAGGUGGUGGAGGCGUCCGCGUUCGGCAUCCAGAAGGGCGGCAGCUGCGACACCGUGGCGGUGAAGAUGCUGAAAGAGGGCGCCACCGCCAGCGAGCACCGCGCCCUGAUGUCCGAGCUCAAGAUCCUCAUCCACAUCGGGAACCACCUCAACGUGGUCAACCUCUUGGGGGCCUGCACCAAGCCCAACGGCCCGCUCAUGGUGAUCGUGGAGUUCUGCAAGUACGGCAACCUCUCCAACUUCCUGCGCGCCAAGCGCGACACCUUCGCCCCCUACGCGGAGAAGUCGCCCGAGCAGCGCCGGAGCAUCCGCGCCCUGGUGGAGAGCGCCAAGGCCGAUCGGAGACCCCCGGGCAGCGACAGGGCCCUGCUGGCCAGGCUGCUGGCCGGCAGGGGCGGCGCGGGGCGGGCCCCUCCCGUGCACGAAGCCCAGGACCUGUGGUUCCGCCCGCUCACCAUGGAAGACCUCCUGAGCUACAGCUUCCAGGUGGCCCGAGGGAUGGAGUUCCUCGCCUCCCGGAAGUGCAUCCACAGGGACCUGGCCGCCCGCAACAUCCUGCUCUCAGAGAGCGACGUGGUGAAGAUCUGCGAUUUCGGGCUGGCCAGGGACAUCUACAAGGACCCUGACUACGUGCGCAAAGGCAGUGCGCGGCUUCCCCUGAAGUGGAUGGCUCCCGAGAGCAUCUUCGACAAGGUCUACACCACGCAGAGCGACGUGUGGUCCUUUGGGGUGCUCCUCUGGGAGAUCUUCUCCCUGGGUGCCUCCCCCUACCCGGGGGUGCAGGUCAACGAGGAGUUCUGCCAGCGGCUGAAGGAGGGCACGCGGAUGAGGACCCCGGACCUGGCCACCCCUGCCAUACGCCGCCUCAUGCUCAGCUGCUGGUCGGGGGACCCCAAACACAGGCCGUCCUUCUCUGAGCUCGUGGACGUCUUGGGGGACCUGCUGCAGGGCAGGGGCCAGCAGGAGGACGACGAGGCCUCAGCCCCCUGUGGCUCUCAGAGCCUGGAUGAAGACGAUGACGGCGACAGCUUCCUGCAGGCGUCCACCACUGCCCUGCACGUGGCCCGGGCCGACCACGACCCCCCCAGCCAGCACCGACAUAGCCUGGCCGCCAGAUACUACAACUGUGUGUCCUUCCCGGGGUGCCUGGCCCGGGGCCCGCAGACCCAGGAGCCGUCCCGAAUGAAGACGUUUGAAGAGUUUCCCAUGACCCCUACCACCUACAAAGCCUCAGUGGAUAACCAGACGGACAGCGGCAUGGUGCUGGCCUCGGAGGAAUUCGAGCAGUUGGAGAACCGGCACAGACAAGAGAGCGGGCUCAGCUGUAAAGGAGCCUCUGGCCACCACGGGGACAGGGACGAGGCCACCGGAGCAUCCCCGCACCCCCGGGCAUCCCACGCCAUCCAGGUGUUCUACAGCGGGGAGUGCCGGGAGCUGCCGGGCGCCGAGGGGGGCUGCGUGUCAGCCCGAGAGCCCUUCUCCACCGACAGCAGCUUCUGA